CGCCGGCCCGCCCGUCAGUCAGUCAGUCAGUCGGACAGGCAGUCGGUCCUGGUUGCUCUGGGCUCUCACGCUUUCCUGAGCGGCGCCCUCCUUGCUCCUUCCCGCUCAACGGCGGCGGCUGCACCGGCGGCGGCGCGGUCCCUACGGGAGGUGCGGCGUGGGCCGAGACACGGCCACAGAGCGUCAAGCCCAGCGCGGCGGAGGCGGCGGCGGCCCGGCAACCAACAUGGCGGCGGCGGCGGCGGGCGCGGGCCCGGAGAUGGUCCGCGGGCAGGUGUUCGACGUGGGGCCGCGCUACACCAACCUCUCGUACAUUGGCGAGGGCGCCUACGGCAUGGUGUGCUCUGCUUAUGAUAAUGUCAACAAAGUUCGAGUAGCUAUCAAGAAAAUCAGUCCUUUUGAGCACCAGACCUACUGCCAGAGAACCCUGAGGGAGAUAAAAAUCCUACUGCGCUUCAGACACGAGAACAUCAUUGGAAUCAAUGAUAUUAUUCGAGCGCCAACCAUCGAGCAAAUGAAAGAUGUAUAUAUAGUACAGGACCUCAUGGAAACAGAUCUCUACAAGCUCUUGAAGACACAACACCUCAGCAACGACCAUAUCUGCUAUUUUCUUUACCAGAUCCUCAGAGGGUUAAAAUAUAUCCAUUCAGCUAAUGUACUGCACCGUGACCUCAAACCUUCCAACCUGCUGCUCAACACCACCUGUGAUCUCAAGAUCUGUGAUUUUGGCUUGGCCCGCGUUGCAGAUCCAGACCAUGAUCACACAGGGUUCCUGACAGAGUAUGUAGCCACACGUUGGUACAGGGCUCCAGAAAUUAUGUUGAAUUCCAAGGGCUAUACCAAGUCCAUUGAUAUUUGGUCUGUAGGCUGCAUUCUGGCAGAGAUGCUCUCCAACAGGCCCAUCUUCCCAGGGAAGCAUUACCUUGACCAGCUGAACCACAUUCUGGGUAUUCUUGGAUCCCCAUCACAGGAAGACCUGAACUGCAUAAUCAACCUAAAAGCUAGAAACUAUUUGCUUUCUCUCCCACACAAAAAUAAGGUGCCAUGGAACAGGCUGUUCCCAAAUGCUGAUUCCAAAGCUCUGGAUUUACUGGACAAAAUGUUGACCUUCAACCCUCACAAGAGGAUUGAAGUAGAACAGGCGCUAGCCCACCCGUAUCUGGAGCAGUAUUAUGACCCAAGUGAUGAGCCCAUUGCUGAAGCACCAUUCAAGUUUGACAUGGAAUUGGAUGACUUGCCUAAGGAGAAGCUCAAAGAACUCAUUUUUGAAGAGACCGCUAGAUUCCAGCCUGGAUAUAGAUCUUAAAUUUGUCAGGACAAGGGAUCAGAGGACUGGAUGUGCUCAGACAUCGGUGUUCUUCCCAGUUCUUGACCCUGGUCCUGUCUUCAGCCCGUCUCGGCUUAUCCACCUUGACUCCUUUGAGCCAUUCGGAGGAGCGGUUUCUGGUAGUUGUGGCUUUUAUGCUUUCAAAGAAUUCCUUCAGUCCAGAGAACUGUUCCUGGCACCCCUGUGUGUGUCACCCACCGGUGACCUGUGGCAGUAUGUACUUUCAGUGCACCUACUGCUUACCGUUGCUUUAGUCACUAAUCACUUUCUGGUUUGAAAGAUGCAGUGGUUCCUCCCUCUCCUGAAUCCUUUCUUACACGACGCCCUGCUGACCCAUGCAGUCACACCAGAGACAGUUUUUUCCAGGUUGGCUCUCGUCACUGGCGUCUCACUUUAUGAUAGGGAAGGCUACGACCUAGGGCACUUUAAGUCAGUGACAGCCCCUUAUUUGCACUUCACCUUUUCACCGUAAUUGUUUCCCCAGAGCAGGAACUCGUGGAAACACCUGGGAUGAUGUUGCCGAACUGCAGCAAGUGCUCCUAUCCCGGGAAUCUUUGGGGGCCCUUGUCAGCAUCUUUUCUCAUAUCAUGUUAGUCACUAACAUUUAAGGUAUGUGCUAUUUGCCCAGCUUUUAGAAAACUCAGUACAUUUUUCUAAAUAAAAGAAUAAUGUACUGCACUCAGCAAUUUCACUCUGUAGAUUUACUGUGGUUACUUGUACAAUUUAUAGAGGUAUAACACUUGCCAAAAUGUGUUAUAUGCAGAACAGAGUGUUGGCAAGACUUAUGCAAAAACCUUUAAAGUGGCAGCUUCACUCUGGAUUUAGUGAGAGAUGUACAAAGGUCACAGCAGGGUGCUGAGGAAAGUACCUGGAGAAGUAGCCAGUAGGCUGCCUAAUGUCACUGGGGCCGCCCCAGGUACGCAUACCCCAAGCUACUUCACAUGGUGUGCCACAUUCGAUGCCUGAGGAUUUAGCAGAGGGUAAACACUGCGUCUUUAAAUGAGAAAGUGUACAAUUUUUUCCUCCUACAGCAUGUCAGCAUUUCAAGUUCAUUUUCAGCCUACAAUAUAACAGUUUGUAAUAGAGCCUUCAUGAGCUCAUGACAUGAAGCACUGUUCUGUCUCAAGUACCAAGUACUCUCAACUGUUUCUGAUAAUGCCGAGCUAAGACCAUCAGAAAAAGCUAGCACUAAGUCACGUUUGGAGCGCAAUCCCAUGUUUUCCUGAUCUCUUUAAGUAUUGUUCCUGCCACUGUACACUGUGGCAUUGACCUGGUGUUCUAUCCCCGUGCGGUGCCUCCUCUUGACUCCCCCACUGCUCUCUGUGGUGAGAUAUUUGCCUUGUUCAAUAAUUACUGUACCCUCGCAUGACUGUUACAGCUUUCUGUGCAGAGAUGACUGUCCAAGUGCCACAUGCCUAUGAUUGAAAUGAAAAAUCUAUUGUUACCUCUGAGUUGUGUUCCACGGAAAAUGCUAUUCAGCAGAUCACUUAGGAAUAAUUCUAUUUUUAGCUUUUCGUUUCUCAGCUGUCCUUUAUUUCUUGUUUGAUUUUUGACAGCAAUGGAAAAUGGGUUUUAUGAAGAUUGCCUGCUAAUAUGAAAAGAAAUGCACUUGUAAUUCAUGGAAAUAAAUGUACAUCUUCUAUCUUCA